AUGAAUUUGGCCUCGACUGAACAUGUGGGUAUCAAACUCGAGAACGCAACGAGCACAGAAGUCAAACCACAGUCAAAUAACUCUGCAAUAGCUAUACCUGAUGAUGUGAAGCCUCUCAGAGCUGCUAUACGAGGGUCCUCGCUGAAGAAUACUGCGGAUGGCCAAGAUGAGGAGCGAUUGACAUUACCACGCCGUGCCUCUCUUGUGCAAUCUCGACUCAAGUUGAAGGCAGUUUCUCAUUCAUGCAUAUCGUUUGCCGAGCAAGAUGCGCCCGAUCAUCACCAUUUCUCUAUGGCAGUGCCGCCAGUGCGAGCCACUCCAAAUGAUGACAGUGGUUCUACUUGCCCUGAAAGGGCCAAUGAUCAAGAUGAAAUACCCAACAGAGAGACGUCUCAGAUCUACCAUCAUAUUGCUUCGGUUGUCACGCCGGGCUUUUUGAGUCAAUCGGCGAGCAGGAGCUCAUUUACUACAUCUACCAACGCCCAAGAGAUAUGUGAAACACUCUUUAUGAAAUUACUGGCUAUGAAAAACUGCAUCCUUGCACUUGUCAUCAAUUCUGGUCUCUUGUGGCUCACAAUUAUGUUGUCUGUGGGGCUUCCAGUCCAACUUUCGUCGAGGGCCGUUGAAACUUUUGGGCCGGUAGUGGUGGAAAUCUGUCUUUUGAUUUCCAACCUCGUCACCAUCCUGGCUAUGGAUGACGCUCUGGCCAUUUUCUUUGGGAGGUUGUUUGUGUCUCCACAAGGAUAUUCGUUGGCCAUCUGUGGAUUCGCUCAGGCGUCGACAUUUUCCAAGUGGCAGUUCUGCUCCAACCUCAGUUUGAACUCCCGAGCUCGAAAGUUUCUGUCUAGACUCUCUUUGGCUUGGAUGCUGGCAGAAAUUUUCAAGCUUACAACGGUUAUAACGGCCACAUCGAUUUCGUACAAGGAGAUAACUCAGACGUCAGGAUCGGUUGAUUGCAUCGUCUACAAUCAAGACGGAAUCUUAAGUGAUCGUGAAUACCCCACUUUUGCUUAUGAACAGGGCUUAGCUGAGUUGGUGUUUGGAAGUGGUCUGGGAGUGAUGCGCUCAGAAGUGGCUGGAGUCAACGUUACUACGAGGUGGUAUAGAACAGCUCAAUUCAUUCUUCAAUUCAUGACGCUCAUCACAUCCACCACCCUCGUAGUUUCUACAUCAGGAUUUACUCGUGCCAAUGUGACUGCCUCAAAUGUAGCAGCAUUUUACUCGCUCUACCACGGGCAAGUGACUCAAGGAGCUCUUUCGCUUAUCUCCUUGGUGGAGCACGAUGAUACCGCCGUGUAUAUCACGUCUACAAUGACCGGAUUUCCUGUCUGUGGUGGUGCCAAUUCGUCACAGUUGUCGAUGGUGUGCAGUUCCACCCUCUUUGAGCAUCAGUUUGCUACGUUACAAAUGACGUACAUGUCUGACGGUAGCUCCGCUUCGAGUGCGAUGCAGGCAGCAUCGGUAACUGAAAUACUUGGACCAGCAAACGUUACGUGGUUAUAUCAAGCCAUGAUGGCAAUUAUGCAUGGACCAUUAUCUGCUCUUAAUUUGCAACCGACUAUACCGGGUGCUUUGUCGCCAGUCCUCUGGUCUAUAAACGCCAAUCUAGUCGAAGCGGGAAUUGAAACUUUACUCUCCAUUCUCAUUCGAGGAGGAAUACAGCGCACGUAUUCAUCUCACGGAUCAGGCUGUAUCUUAUCUGGCAAUGUCGCUGGAGUCACAGUAUCCUUGACUUCCUAUGGUGUUCGCAUGGCCUACUGCAUGUUCGCCAUUCAGUUGUUGCUAUGUUUGUGCUGUGUCGUGGCAUUUGUGCCUUGGCUACUGUCCAGCAGUCCCAUCUCUCCCGGUGUUCGUGCGGUAAGAGAUGAAGCAUAUUUCAUGACUUUAUUGAGUGGUGCCGGAUUGCUGUCUGGGUUUGGAUUAUUUGGAAAUAGCCCGACGUAUACCAUAUGGCAAAAUCUUGACGUUGUAGCAAGGAUAGGGGAGAGCAUGCAAACGAUCGAAGAUGAAGUGGGAAAGAUUUCUCUUGACAAAGUGAAGCUAGUCAGACCAUUGAAGAACGGACGGAAAUAUACAUGA